AAUAAAAAAAAGUGAAAAAUUUUAUGAAAAUUUGUUAAAAAAUCUAGUAGCAAUCCAAAAUCUAGUUGAAUACGUGCACGACAAACACACACAAAAAAAAAGAAUUCGCCAAAAUGACGUGGGAACCACAAGCCGAAGGUCUCCAACAGAUCAUUGGGAUCUUAAAAGAAUCUCAAUCUCCCGAUACAGCCACACAAAUGGCCGUGCAAAUGAAACUUGAGGAAUUCAAUCGUUAUCCAGAUUUUAAUAACUAUCUCAUCUAUGUGCUAACAAAACUCAAAACAGAAGAUGAACCCACUCGAUCAUUGAGUGGUUUGAUUUUAAAGAAUAAUAUACGAAUGCAUGGUAGCAAUUUACAGCCAGAGAUUGUUGAAUACAUUAAACACGAAUGCCUACAAGCUGUUGGAGAUACAUCACCAUUAAUACGAGCCACCGUUGGCAUACUGAUAACCACCAUUGCCAGCAAUGGUGGAUUACACAAUUGGCCACAGUUAUUGCCAUCGCUGUGCGAUAUGUUGGAUGCCCAAGAUUAUAAUAUCUGUGAGGGAGCGUUCAGUGCGUUGCAAAAGAUAUGCGAAGAUUCCGCUGAAAUCUUAGAUUCAGCUGCCCUAAAUAGACCAUUGAAUGUUAUGAUUCCAAAAUUUUUGCAAUAUUUCAAGCAUAGCAGUCCAAAGAUACGAUCCCAUGCGAUUGCGUGUAUCAAUCAAUUCAUUAUAAAUCGUUCGCAGGCAUUAAUGGUGAAUAUUGAUACAUAUAUAGAGAAUCUAUUUCAUUUAUCCUCCGAUGAGGAUCAUGAGGUGCGUAAAAAUGUAUGCCAUGGUCUAGUUAUGCUCCUGGAAGUCCGAAUGGAUCGUUUAAUGCCGCACAUGUCACAGAUUAUUGAGUAUAUGAUGUUGCGUACCCAGGAUUCGGAUGAGGGUGUGGCACUUGAGGCCUCGGAAUUUUGGUUAUCUUUGGCCGAACAGAGCAUCUGCAAGGAUGUUUUAGCCCCGUAUUUGGCACAAUUGGCACCGGUGCUAGUGCGCGGCAUGCGUUAUUCAGAAAUUGACAUUAUCUUACUCAAGGGCAAUGUGGAGGAGGAUGAUAUGGUGCCGGAUCGUGAAGAGGAUAUACGGCCACGUUUUCAUAAAUCGCGAACACACACCAUCAAGAGUGGCCAGGAGGCGGCCGCUGCUGGCGGUGCUGCCGGUGGUGAAGAGGAUGAUGAUGACUUUGAUGAUGGUCUGGACGAUGAUAGCUCGCUAUCGGAAUGGAAUUUACGCAAAUGUAGUGCAGCGGCUCUCGAUGUACUGGCCAAUGUGUUCCGUGAGGAUUGCCUGCCCAUCGUUUUGCCCAUACUGAAGGAUACAUUGUUCCAUCAGGAGUGGGUCAUCAAAGAGAGUGGCGUAUUGGCUUUGGGUGCCAUUGCCGAAGGCUGUAUGCAGGGAAUGAUUCAACAUUUGCCCGAAUUGAUACCAUAUUUGAUUAGUUGUCUAUCCGAUAAGAAGGCAUUGGUACGUUCCAUAACAUGUUGGACUCUGUCACGGUAUGCCAAUUGGGUGGUUAAUCAGCCGCACGAUCAAUAUCUCAAACCCUUGAUGGAGGAGCUAUUAAAGCGUAUUCUCGAUUCAAAUAAGCGAGUUCAGGAGGCAGCCUGUUCGGCCUUUGCCACACUGGAAGAGGAGGCAUGCACCGAAUUGGUGCCAUAUUUGGAAUACAUUUUGAAGACUCUGGUCUUUGCUUUCUCCAAAUAUCAGCAUAAAAAUCUAUUGAUAUUGUAUGAUGCUGUUGGCACAUUGGCCGAUUCGGUUGGACAUCAUUUGAAUAAGCCGCAAUAUAUUGAUAUACUGAUGCCGCCACUAAUUGACAAAUGGAAUCUAUUGAAAGACGAUGAUAAGGAUCUAUUCCCAUUACUGGAAUGCCUAUCUAGCAUUGCCACAGCUUUACAAUCCGGCUUUCUACCCUAUUGCGAUCCAGUCUACAGGCGUUGCAUCUCCCUGAUUGAACAGACCAUAAAUCAGGAAAUGCUCUGCAAGCAGAAUCACACUUUCGAUCAUCCUGAUAAAGAGCGCAUGAUUGUGGCUUUGGAUUUGUUAUCCGGCUUGGCUGAGGGUCUGGACCGUCAUAUUGAAACAUUGGUGGCUAAUAGCAAUAUAAUGCAUCUGCUAUAUCAAUGCAUGCAGGAUAUACUGCCAGAGGUUCGACAAUCUUCAUUUGCAUUGCUAGGCGAUUUGACCAAAGCCUGUUUUCCACAUGUUCAUCCGUUUAUGGCCGAGUUCUUCCCAAUAUUGGGACAAAAUUUAAAUCCAGAUUUUAUAUCUGUAUGUAAUAAUGCCACAUGGGCUAUUGGCGAAAUCUGUAUGAAAUUGGGCGAGGAGACUAAACAGUACAUACAUCUUGUACUAACCGAUCUAUUCGUUAUUAUUAAUCGGCCAAAUACACCAAAGACGCUGCUUGAGAAUACAGCAAUAACAAUCGGUCGUCUAGGUUAUGUGUGCCCAGUUGAAGUGGCUCCUUAUUUGCCCGAAUUUGUACGACAGUGGUGCACAUCUUUGCGUCAUAUAAGGGACAAUGAUGAAAAGGACUCGGCCUUCCGUGGCAUGUGUCAUAUGAUAACAGUAAAUCCAGCUGGAGUGGUGCCUGAUUUCAUAUUCUUUUGCGAUGCCAUAGCUUCUUGGGUGAAUCCGCCCCAGGAUCUUCAUCAAAUGAUACAAAAGAUUUUGCAUGGCUUCAAGACACAAGUGGGCGAGGAGAAUUGGCGUCGAUUUGUUGAGCAAUUUCCGCCAACAUUGGCUGAGCGGUUGGUCACCAUGUACCAGAUUUAAGUAUCCGGCUAAAACACCACUACCACUACGCCCCCGCCCCCCUUUAAGAUCAACCACCCACCCACCCAACUCCGCCCUUUCCUCUCGCCUAUUGCCGACACACACUCCUACCUGUGCUCCCUUUAAGAAAACCGGAAAAACUCUUGUUCUUAUCUAGACAAUUAUGUACAA